CCGGCUCCCAGGAAUCCGCAGAAUGCGAGCGAGCUCCCAGAGGCAUCUUGCAUCAGCCCGGGGAAGUUCGCUCCUCACCUGGCUCCCCCGGCCCGGGCGAGGGGCGCGGAGCCCGCCCGCCCUCCGGCGCUGCGGACUGCCGACAUGUCGGCCACCCCCAGACUGGCCCUGCUGUCACUGCUGCUGCUGCUGCUGCACGUGCCACGUGCUGCCAGAGGCCAGGUCAACCCCGCGGUGUGUCGGUACCCCUUGGGAAUGUCGGGUGGGCACAUCCCUGACGAGGACAUCUCAGCCUCCAGCCACUGGUCUGACUCCACGGCCGCCAAGUACGGACGGCUGGACUCGGAGGAGGGCGACGGAGCCUGGUGCCCCAAGACCCCAGUGGAGCCAAAUGACCUGAAGGAGUUCCUGCAGAUUGACCUGCAAGCCCUGCACUUCAUCACACUGGUGGGCACCCAGGGGCGCCACGCCAAGGGCCACGGCAAUGAGUUUGCCCCCAUGUAUAAAAUCAACUACAGCCGGGAUGGCACCCGCUGGAUCUCUUGGAGGAACCGGCACGGGAAGCAGGUGCUGGAUGGAAACACCAACACCUACGACAUCGUCCUCAAGGACCUGGAGCCGCCCCUGAUCGCCCGCUUUGUCCGCUUCAUCCCCGUCACCGACCACUCCAUGAACGUCUGCCUGCGCGUGGAGCUGUAUGGCUGCGCCUGGCUGGAUGGGCUGGUGUCCUACAACGCGCCGGUCGGGCAGCAGCUCAUCCUUCCUGGGGGCACCAUCAUCUACCUGAAUGACUCAGUGUACGACGGGGCCUUUGGGUACAGCAUGACAGAAGGCCUGGGCCAGCUGACGGACGGGGUGUCGGGGCUGGACGACUUCACGCAGACCCAUGAGUACCACGUCUGGCCAGGCUACGACUACGUGGGCUGGCGCAACGAGAGCACAGCAGGCGGCUACGUGGAGAUCACCUUCGAGUUCGACCGCAUCAGGAACUUCACCGCCAUGAAGGUCCACUGCAACAACAUGUUCGCCAAAGGUGUGAAGAUCUUCAAGGAGGUGCAGUGCUACUUCCGCGCCGACGCCAGCGAGUGGGAGCCCAGCGCCGUGUCCUCGGUGCUGGUGCUGGAUGAUGUCAACCCCAGCGCCCGUUUCGUCACCGUGCCUCUGCUCCACCGCAUGGCCAGCGCCAUCAAGUGCCAGUACUACUUCGCCGACACCUGGAUGAUGUUCAGUGAGAUCACCUUCCAGUCAGAUGCAGCCAUGUACAACAACUCAGUGCCCCCCGCCGAGGCACCCGUGGUCCCCACCACUUACGACCCCACACUCAAGGUAGACGACAGCAACACGCGCAUCCUGAUCGGGUGCCUGGUGGCCAUCAUCUUCAUCCUGGUGGCCAUCAUUGUCAUCAUACUGUGGCGGCAGUUCUGGCAGAAGAUGCUGGAGAAGGCAUCACGGAGGAUGCUGGAUGAUGAAAUGACCGUCAGCCUCUCCCUGCCCAGUGAAUCCAGCAUGUUCAACCACAACCGCUCCUCCUCCCCCAGCGAGCAGGAGUCCAGCUCCACCUAUGACCGCAUCUUCCCCCUGGGGCCCGACUACCAGGAGCCCUCCCGCCUGAUCCGCAAGCUGCCCGAGUUCACCGCGGGGGAGGAGGACACAGGCUGCAGCAGCCCCACCAAGCCAUCGCAGGCCAGCGUCCCCGAGGGCGUCCCACACUACGCCGAGGCCGACAUUGUGAACCUGCAGGGUGUGACGGGCGGCAACACCUACUCAGUGCCGGCCCUCACCAUGGACCUGCUCGCUGGCAAGGAUGUGGCCGUCGAGGAGUUCCCCAGGAAGCUGCUGACCUUCAAGGAGAAGCUGGGGGAAGGCCAGUUUGGGGAGGUUCACCUCUGUGAAGUGGAGGGGAUGGAGAAGUUCACAGGGAAGGACUUUGCCCUGGAGGGCCUGGAUGGCAGCUCUGACCACCCCAUGCUGGUGGCUGUGAAGAUGCUGCGGGCAGAUGCCAACAAGAAUGCCAGGAAUGAUUUUCUGAAGGAAAUCAAGAUCAUGUCACGGCUGAAGGACCCCAACAUCAUACGGCUGCUGGCGGUGUGCAUCACAGAUGACCCCCUGUGCAUGAUCACCGAGUACAUGGAGAAUGGGGACCUCAACCAGUUCCUGUCCCGCCAGCAGGCAGGCGGCCCUGCACCCACCGUCAGUGACCUGCGGUUCAUGGCCACCCAGAUCGCCUCGGGCAUGAAGUACCUCUCGUCCCUCAACUUCGUGCACCGGGACCUGGCCACGCGUAACUGCCUGGUGGGGAAGCACUACACCAUCAAGAUUGCCGACUUUGGGAUGAGCAGGAACCUCUACAGUGGGGACUACUACCGCAUCCAGGGCCGGGCGGUGCUUCCCAUCCGCUGGAUGUCCUGGGAGAGCAUCCUGCUGGGCAAGUUCACAACGGCCAGUGACGUGUGGGCGUUCGGAGUGACGCUGUGGGAGACCUUCACGCUGUGCCGGGAGCAGCCCUACUCCCACAUGUCUGACGAGCAGGUCAUCGAGAACACCGGCGAGUUCUUCCGCGACCAGGGCCGCCAGACCUACCUUCCCCAGCCUGUGCUAUGCCCUGACUCAGUCUAUAAGCUAAUGCUCAGCUGCUGGAGACGGGACACUAAGGAUCGUCCCUCCUUCCAGGACAUCCAUCGUCUUCUCCAGGACUCAGCCAGUGAGGAAUGACCCUCAGCUCCCACCUGUGCUGGUCCCAUCCUUCCCUGUGCCCAGAGGAGCCCCAGAUGCAAAUGGAAGCCACUUCACUCGCACUUAGCCAUAAACCCGGAGCGGCUGCUCGUGUUCUCAUUGUGCAGUGAGGCCUCACAGGAGGCCCCCAAGGACAGCAAAGCCCCACGGUGUGGGACAGCUCAGACCUCCCUCUUCCCCGCAGGCCUGAGCCCGGCAGCGGCUGGGGGAGGGUUAUUUAUUGGUGCAGCCUGUUCCUGGUGACAGGGACUGGGACAGAGCGGCUCCUCUUGCCCGGCUGGAGGGGACAAACUUCAGCUGGACUUUCUCCAUGAGGAAGCUGAGCCCACACGCAGGGCAGGUGCCUGGGGAAGGGAUGUGUGCAGGUGUGUGCCCGCUGGAGCAGGGACAGACCAGCAGCCACCACCUGCUUCAGGAAUUGGGAGCAGCCUCCGGCUGUGCGAUCGCGGGGUGAAAACAAAGACUCCGCGGGCAUUCGGGGCUUUGGACAUGCCACAUGGAGAGACAGGAGGCGCCCUCCCUGCUGGCCAGCCCCAGCUGCACAGGGAGAAGACUGGGGGCGCUCCCGGCACCUCACCCAGCUGCUGGAGUGUGCAGCCAGGGAGGAGCGGGCAUCCCGUGCCGAGGGGACAUUCCCUCGCUGACCACAGCCACUCCAGGGCAGCUCAACGUGGCAUGCCCAACAAAUGCAUUUUGGAUGCCCCACGGGUGAUGCAUGGCAGCUGGCAGCAGGAUGCUAGUACCUUUUAAUUCCAUGGGGAAAUCUCCAGGUCCUCCUCCCCCAGAGUUAACCCACAUCUUCAUCUGCCAGGAGAAGAAUGUGUAUAGCAGAGUUUCAUUGGCAGCUGCCUGCUGCCGAAGCCCCUGAGCUGGGCUCUGCCACCCUGAGCAUCCCACAGCAUUCUGGCCCCUGUCCGUGCUCCCGAAGCUGCCAGCAUUCUGAGCAAACUGGGCAGGCGCCAAAGCCAUGGGCCCUGGCAGGUGACCCACCAGGCCCCAAACUCGGACCCUCCUGCGGCUGGGCAGGAGGAACUGUGGACUUGGGGGGUGCAUGGAGCCCUCCUCACUCUUGUACGCACUAGCUCAGCCCCAGCAGGCGCGCGUGGCACAGUUCCCGGUACCCCGUGGCUAAGGCAUGUGUAUAUUCAGUAGAUGCACCUAUGUGUAGGGGCCAACCCGCUGAAGAGACACUCGGUAUGUGA